ACUUGACGCGGGUGAUACUUAUAGCAGCCGACCGGACGCUGUCGCAAGAGACUGUAACAACAGAGGCUGAGAGUUCCACUGCUGAGAAAACGAUUUGACAGCAUGUCGCCAAACAAGGCGUCCUGCAGCAGGGUGAAGGUGACGGAGCUCCAGGAGUUCCUCAGAGAUCCUCCACCUGGGUUCUUAGUGGAACCUCUGGAAGGCGACUCAUGCGGGUACCGAGUCCACAGUGACCCGGAGAUAAAUCUCAUCCUAAUCGAUGACUCUGACUCCUUCUGUAGAGGCAAAAUAGUUUUCCAAAACUCCCUGGGCAGGACAGUUAGGAUGCAUAAUUUAUGGGAGUACACCAGCUUGAGAAAAAGUCUGCUGUCCAAGAGGAUCUAUCUGCUGACCUCUGCCUGCAAAUAUAACUGCGACACCAACAACAACAGGGCGAAAGAUGAGUUUGAAGUGGUGAAUCAGUACGUGGUCUGCAUCAACGGCAGCGAUCCUUUAAUCAAGUGGCAGAUGGCACGAGGCCUGGACUGGACCAUCUCCUCUGUAGCUGGGGAGAGCUACACUGUAGAAAUUGACUUGACUGAAGCUCUGCAGAGCUGGGCAACAACAAACAGCCACGUCUGCACUGAUAAACUGAUAAAAGCUGAGCCUGUCUGGAGAGAUGCCGCCUUCACACUGAAAUACCACUCAGACGCCCUCUUUGAUUUCCCAUACUGGUUUGGUUUCAGCAAAAGAAGCUUCAAGGUGAAACUCACAUGAAUCAGCUGGGGACGAAUUGAGAGCCUCUGCUAUUUUUUUUCAUGUCGUCUGAAUCUGAUUUCCUUCAAGAGCAACCAGGUCAUAGACACCAUGCUGUGGAUAAGAUCAGGCUCAAGUGAAGGACCAGACUUUGUCCUGCAGACUGGGGAAGUGGUCCAAAUACUACUAUGUGAGCUCAGUUGGAAUGUUCAGCAGCACUGGAUAUAAUUAAGUCGAAUCAUUUUAGCUUUUCUUUUAUUCGGUUGUUUUGAGCUACCUAAGCUACCUACAUCAGCGGUCCCCAACCUUUACUGCACCAGGGACUGGUGGGCUGGUACCAGCCGUGACUGCUGUGCUGACUGGUAAUUCCGCACCAUCGUUGAAGGAUCAUUUUCUAAAUAAAACAUAUCCUAGACUUUAUUCCGUUAGGAUCGGAGUCUGAAUUGCCUAUUGUUUUGAAACAUUGCCAAAGUAAAGGGAUAUGACUGGAUUCUUUUUGAAUGAAGUAAAAUUUAAGUACAUUUUCUCACUGACAGACCGGCACUGGUCCCCAAAAUAGGUUGGGGACCCCUGAUCUACAUGAUUUGCACUCACAGCUUCUUUUUAUUAAAAGGAACACAAUCGUGUAUUCGCUCAAAUAAUGUGUAUUUUAUGUCAAGUAUACAUGUAAUAAAAUAGUUUUUUAACAAAAUCAGUAUCAAUAAAUGUAAUUAUAUGACAAA